AUGGUGUGCAGGGGCAGAGAGCUACUCAGAUUAUCACCUUUAGAUUCCUGCAAUCAAGUGCCUAGAGGAGACAAGGCUCUGAGGGACCAAGUAUGUGCUGCCAUAGAACAUUUUAGUGAAGAUAAGGAGUUGAAUCGAGGUGAGCCCUGGCGGCUGACCCUCCAGCAGCUUUGGGUCCUUGGCUGGCAUCGCAGUGAGAGCUCCUGCCAGAGGCAGAAAGGCAGGAGUCACGCUUCUGCUUCUGCUUCCUCCUCUGCUCAUACGAGUGUGGGCUUAAAAACUUUUCUUCUGUUGUGUUUUUCUUCUCAGACUGCAUGCCCAUCUCCUCCUUGGCUCGCAUCUGUCUCUGAUCUUACUCUGGUGCCCUGCUUGUGUCGGAAGACCUCUGGCAUGUUAAACAGAGGAAUGAUGCAAAACGCUGGUCUUCGUAAAGUUGAAAAAGGGAAUGAAUGUAAUGACUGGGUAGCAAGAGGAGGUGGGAGGAGGAGGUGGCUGGGGAGAUGGAGCCGCGAGUUGGAGCGCGGAGCCGUGAGUAAGGGAGCAGAGCCGCCUGCCCGCCCACCGCCGCCUCCCCUCCAGAAAGAACAGCAGGACGCAGCUGAACAUAUUGAUGAAGUACAAAAUGAAAUAGACAGACUUAACGAACAAGCCAGUGAGGAGAUUCUGAAAGUAGAACAGAAAUAUAACAAACUCCGCCAACCAUUUUAUCAGAAGAGGUCAGAAUUGAUGGCCAAAAUCCCAGAUUUUGGGGUAACAACAUUUAUUAACCAUCCACAAGUGUCUGCACCUGGGGAGGAGGAUGAAGAGGCGCUGCGUUAUUUGACAAGAGUCGAAGUGACAGAAUUUGAAGAUAUUAAAUCAGGUUACAGAAUAGAUUUUUAUUUUGAUGAAAACCCUUACUUUGAAAAUAAAGCUCUCCCCAAAGAAUUUCUUCUGAAUGAGAGUGGUGAUCCAUCUUCAAAGUCCACUGAAAUCAAAUGGAAAUCCGGAAAGGAUUUGACAAAACGUUCAAGUCAAACGCAGAAUAAAGCCAGCAGGAAGAGACAGCAUGAGGAACCAGAAAGCUUCUUCACCUGGUUUACUGAUCAUUCUGAUGCAGGUGCAGAUGAGUUAGGAGAGGUCAUCAAAGAUGAUAUUUGGCCAAAUCCAUUACAGUACUACUUGGUUCCGGACAUGGUUGAUGAGGAAGGGGGAGGAGAAGAAGAUGAUGAUGAAAAGGAAGAAGGAUUGGAAGAUAUUGAUGAAGAAGGGGAUGAGGAUGAAGGUGAAGAAGAUGAAGAUGGUGAGGAGGGGGAGGAAGGAGAGGAAGAUGAAGGAGAAGAUGAUGAAUGGAACACUGAUGGAUUCCAACCUUCCUUUUUUAAUUUCCUCCAGUCCCUGGGAGCAAGUUGCAGUCUUUUUUUUUUUUUUUUUUUCUCCUCCUCUUGUGCUCAGUUGCCCUGUUUUUGAGGUCUCUUUUCUCCUUUAUACCAUGGCUCACAACUUAUUUUGGGGGGAAAUACCUUGAGCAGAAUUCAGUGGGAAAAGAAUCUCUACCCCUUUCUGUUCCAAGUUCACUUUUAUCCCUUCCUGUCUCAACAAAAACUUUAUGGACUCAACACCACCAUGCUCUGUGGGAAAAAAGAAAAACCUCCUGCUCCCUUAGCUCUGCUGCAAGCUGGAGGGUGCUAGGCCCCUGUGUAGUAGUGCAUAGAAUUCUAGCUUUUUUCCUCCUUUCUCUGUAUAUUGGGCUCAGAGAUUACACUGUGUCUCUUUGUGAAUAUGGACAGUUAGCAUCU